GCUCGGGCUUAAGUAAUAUUUGAGCGGGUGCCCGAAAGCAGGUGAAAGAGCUCUGGAUUAAUAUCAUUGAUUGAGUCGGUUAUUUAUGGUACAGUGCAGCGCAAGUGCACUACCGUCUCGUAUUCCAUUCACCGUUAUCGUGCACGGCGACGUGCAGAGGUCUCAUGAAUUGUCAUUCGAUCAUUGGCGGUAGCAGUGACGCAGGUCAGGAUUUGCUCACAGUAAGGUAUUAAUUAUAUGUAUGAUACCCCAUAGCGCACUAGGGUCAAACCUAAUCGUGUUCGUGUGAUAAAAGUUACCCUACCUACUCAUUAGCCCACCUCGGUGGUGAUCCAUCUUUACAUUUUCAACGACUACGGCGCCUCUUUUCAGUCUCCCCCACCAUCACCACCAUCACCACCACAAGAAUUCUUCAAUUCACAACACAAACGCAAUGGGAAUCGCCAAGAAAACCCGCAAAUUCGCACAAGUCAAGCGAGUAAUCUCCUCCCGCGACACCCGUCUCAAAAAGAACCAAGCAAAGCAACAAACCGCCAUCACAAAAAAAGACAAAUCCGGCGAAGUAGUUCGUGAAAUCCCACAAGUCUCCUCCUCUCUCUUCUUCCAAUUCAACACGGCGCUCCGACCACCUUACUCCGUCCUCGUGGACACCAACUUCCUGAACUUUACCAUACAAAAGAAGUUGGAGGUGAUGCAGUCCAUGAUGGAUUGCCUUCGGUAUCGGAUCGCGUUGCGCAUCGCUAGGGAUCCUAGGUUUGAGAGGGCCAGGUGCGAUCAUAAGGGGACGUAUGCUGAUGAUUGUAUUGUGAAUCGGGUUUUGCAACAUAAGAUAUAUAUCGUCGCGACAAACGAUCGGGAUUUGAAGAGGAGGGUAAGGAAGAUUCCCGGUGUGCCUAUCAUGAGUUGUGGGAAUGGGAAGUAUGUUAUCGAGAGGUUACCGGAUGCGCCGGAGAAGUGAGUGGGUGUUGGAAGUGGAAAAUUUUUGGGGGUUAAUCGUGGCUUGAAAAGUAUCAUAGAAAAGGGGCGUUUUGGUCUUUUUUAAUUUUAUUCUUCACUUUAUCUUGUAUCAUAACUUGGGCAAUUUAGAUCUUCAUCACCAA